GUGCAGAUUAAAAAUCUAAUGGAAAUAACCAAAAGGCAAAUCGAGGAAAGAAAGAAGCAACUUCAAGGCCCUAUACCGCAGCCAGUGGCGACCCAAGCACAUCCAACAAAUAGCGGUCCUUUAGCUGGACAACCUCUGCAAUUAGCUAAGGAUGCUAUUGACAAAGCUCGUAAAGCCGCCGAACUUCAAGCUAAAAUACAACAACAAUUCAGUAACAAACCUGAUUUAGUAAGUACGCAUAGAGCGGUGAUGACUUGUAUACCGAAAUCUGUAAUAUUAGAUAAAGAAGGUCGAAUCGUUGAUGCAAGCGGUAAAGCUAUACAAAUGACUCGACGAAUGCCAACAUUGAAAGCAAAUAUCACAGCCAAAAAAGUUGAACAAUUUAAAACUGAUAAGAUCGACGAUAACCUAGAAAAUAAAAGUUUUUUUGACCCACGUGUUAAUAUCACUAUGGGUGCUCGUAAUCGACGGUCAUUUAAAUUUCAUGAGCAAGGCAAAUUUGAAAGGGUUGCUCAGCAAUUGCGUGCGAAGGAAAAAUUAGAAAAAUUAAAGAAUGAAAUUGCUUCCGUUGCUCAGAAAACAGGCAUUUCGUCUGCAACAAAGAUUGCUAUGCUUGUGCCUCAUAAAGAAGCUCUCCAAGAUGAUCUGAUACCUGAUGUGGAAUGGUGGGAUUCUUACAAUGAUGUUGAACUCAUUGAAUCGGAUGAAGUAGAAUUUCGCGCUAUUACCAAGCUAGUGGAACACCCUCCUAGUGUUAAAAUUCCCGGUGAUCAACCAGAACAAAUUGCUCCGAAAGUUUAUUUGACUAAAAAGGAAAGAAAGAAAAUAAGAAGGCAAAAAAGGAAAGAUAUUGAAGCAGAAAAGCAAGAGAGAGUAAGAUUGGGAGCAGUCGCUCCUCCUGAGCCUAAAGUGAAAUUAAGUAACUUAAUGCGCGUCCUUGGUAACGAAGCCAUUCAAGAUCCAACAAAAGUUGAAGCUCAUGUUAGAAAGCAGAUGGUGCAACGUCAACGAGUUCAUGAGGCUGCAAACGCAGCUCGAAAACUAACUUCAGAACAGAAACGCGAGAAAAAGAUACGCAAGCUAAAGGACGAUAUGAAUACUGGAUGUCAUGUAUCCGUUUAUAGAGUUUACAGUUUGAAUAACCAAUCAAAGCGAUAUAAAGUUGAUGCCAAUGCUCAGCAGUUUUUGUUAACUGGAUGUGUGGUUAUGUUUAAAGAUAUCAACAUAGUUAUUGUUGAAGGAGGACCAAAGAGUCUGAAAAAGUAUAAACGAUUGAUGUUACAUCGCAUCAAAUGGAAUGAGGACGUCAUUGCGAAACAAGAUAGUAAUAAAUCGGAAGAAAGACGGAAUAAGUGUUGCCUUAUUUGGGAGGGGCAAGUUAAAGAGAAAGCAUUUAAUGAUUGGAGAUUUAAAUCGUUUACUACUGAAAUUGCAGCCCGUGAACAUUUAAAAAAGUACGGGGUUGAGCAUUAUUGGGAUCUUGCUCUUAGUAUGAGUAUAAUUGGAGAAGAAGAAAAUUAA